UAACUGAAAGUGAUGGGCGGGACAAGUAAACGCCGGUUAUGUGAACAUAUAUAACUCUCCGAUGGAAACAUUGGUCUAAUGAUUCAAACAGAUAUCGUUCGAAGACCCAGCUUAAAGAUGAGUUCAUUUCCAGGUCGAAUGAAGGAAUAUCCCACAAUUUCUCUGGACCGCUUUGACCGGGAGAACUUACAUGCCCGGGCAUAUUUCCUCUCCCAUUGUCACAAAGAUCACAUGAAAGGACUUAAAGGGCCAAUACUGAAGAGGAAGCUGCAGUCCAGUCGUACAGUCAGGCUCUACUGCUCCUUUGUGACCAAAGAACUUCUGCUGAGCAAUCCAAAGUACACUUUCUGGGAGGAAUACAUUGUUGCCUUAGAACUUGAGAGCCCUACUCAGAUAUCUUUGGUUGAUGAGACAUCUGGAGAGAAAGAAGACAUUGUGGUCACGUUGCUUCCUGCAGGUCACUGUCCCGGGUCUGUAAUGUUUCUGAUCGAGGGUUCUCAGGGAAAUGUUUUGUACACUGGAGACUUCAGGCUGGCAGCAGGCGAUGUCUCGAGAAUGGACCAUCUUCACUCAGGCAGCAGAGUAAAAGAUAUUCAGAGUGUUUAUCUGGACUCUACUUUCUAUGACCCAAGAUUCUACCAAAUUCCUACUCGGGAGGUGUGUCUGAACGGUAUCAUGGAGCUCGUUGGAAACUGGAUCAGUCAGAGUCCAUAUCACGUUGUUUGGCUUAACUGUAAAGCUGCGUAUGGAUACGAAUACCUCUUUACCAACCUGGGAGAAGAGUUCAACACACAGAUCCAUGUUGGGAGUCUGGCAAUGUUUAAGAAAAUGCCGGAGAUCCUGGACUACGUGACAACUGACCGAAGGACGCAGAUCCAUGCCUGUCGACACCCGAAGGUCUUUCUUUCUGUUGAUGAGGAUUUUUUCCAGGGCAACAGACUGCCGUGUGGCUGCACAGCUUUUGACGGGACUCCUCUUCGCAUUAUCAGCAUCAAACCUUCCACCAUGUGGUUCGGAGAGAGAAUGAGGAAAACCAACGUCAUAAUAAAAACAGGAGCCAGUUCCUUCAGAGCCUGCUUCAGUUUCCACUCAUCCUACUCAGAGCUCAAAGAUUUCCUUUCCUACCUCAAACCUGUCAACAUCUACCCCAGUGUGAUCCCUAUUGGUCGGACAAUGACUGAGGUCACACAGAUGUUGAAGCUAAUGUGCAGGAACCAAUCAGACCAAGCUGCACCCGUUUACAAACCCCUGGGAGUCCUCAAACGCAUCAUGGUGGAGCGACCUACAUAUGACUCAGACAGUGAUGAUGAGCUGUUUGAUGGCAUUAUCCUGGCACCAGUGAGGAAGAAAAUAGGGCUGGACCAAGAAAUAUUAAAAGAGAAAGCUAAGAGUCCACAGAAAACAACGCCCCCUGUCUCCAUGGAGAAGUCUUUACCCCAGACAGUGACACAGCCUGUUACAGGCAACUAUGUGGACUGCACUGAGUCUAAUGAUGAAGAGGAGGAUGACGAGGAACAGAUGGAGGAGGACAACGAGGGAUCAGGGAAUAGUACUCUGAUAGUAACAAAAGAGAAAAGGACAAUGAAGGAAACUGAGAAAAAGGAGCCGGAUGUAGAACAAAGUGCUCCCUCUAAACCUCCAAAAUGGGAAGAUUUCUUCACCACAGAAGCUCUACCUGACAGCCAGAGCAGCCACAACAGCCAAUCACAAUCCUGCUGCUCUGUCCCAAGCCCCACCCCCACAAAAAUGACAGACUCACAGACUCCUGAACUAUUCAGCGACGAAGAGGAAACCCCAAAUAUUGACGAGAACUUCAGUCUGACUCUGUCGGCCUCUCUGUCAAACCAUUCCUCUCAGAACCUGGACUCACAUAUUCCAGAUACCGUGAUCCUGCACCCAGAUAAGGAAAAACAAGAACAAGGAGAUUUAAGGACCAGUACUGUGUCUUUGGAAAAAAUAAACAAUAACAUAAACAUCCAAUCAGAGACGGAGGACCUCUCCGAGUCUCAGGUGUCAUCUGACUUUGAUAUUCCCUGUACACCAGAGUCAAAGAUGCCACGACCUGAUGAACUGUCGCUGCUGUACAGGAAGCUGGCAUCAGGAGAGGAAGUGAUGAGCAGACAGAGAGACUAAAUGAUUAAAUGUGUUUGACCAAAAAACUUCUAAUUUUCUCUUUGUCCACAUUAAAUGACUCAGACUAUAAACAGAAAGGUUAUGAUGUAUUGCAAGAAAUAAAAAAGUUAAAGUUACUGAGAAUAAAGCCUUAAACAUUGUAAGGAAA